CAUGCGCACGGUGGUUGUUCUGAAGUACGUUGAAGUUUUGUGGAGUCGCACAAUAACACAGUGAAAACCGAAUGCAAGUUCUGCUCUGCGAACAGAAUGAAUCAAGUUAGUGUGUAGGAAAGUCUCAAUCAAACACCACCGUCUUCUGAUCGCCUCCAGACAUUUAAGCGACGGCCAGGACUUGCGUGACACUGAUCGAUGAUCGAUGGGGAUCUAGAUGAAAGGUGGUUUUCAUGGAUCUUUGCUCUUCUGGAAGAUCAGCGGCCGUUAAGGGUCUCGUUUAAGGGAAUCCGGGAGUUCGCUGGAUGAGGCAAAGAAUUAGCAGUGGCAAUGGCAGAUGAUUUUCUCGUCACUGGAGGUUUGGAGUCGGAACGGAGCUCCCAAGCCGCUUCUCGUGGUUCCUCCAACUCUCGAACCGAAGCCUCGGCUCAGGACGCGAACCGGGCUCCUGGCGGUUCUGAUUGCUCAGCUGAGCGUCCUGAAUCCACGAAUUGGCACGGUGAAAAUCGACAGAGCCCUGAGCUGGAGGAUCUGGAUUCCUAUAACCCGAUCGAGCCCCCGCCGCUGGACUGGAGGUCCGACUCUUCCAGCGAGGCCGGUUCGGCCGUGGAACUCGAAAGCUGCUCGGUGGGAGACUUUGAGGUUCCUGGAUCUUUCAACGCGGAGUUGAACGAAGACACGACGUCUGCUGUAAGUGAUUACGGAGCUCGGGACUCCAGCGACGCUUCAGACGCAACCCAAGAGCUUUUGGCUCAAGAAAUGUGUGAGAUCAAGCCUGAAAUGAGCGGUUUUCAAAAGCGAGAAGAGCAGAGAGAAACAAAAGAGAAUUCCGUGGAGGAUAUAGACGCAGAAUUGAGCAAUCAAGAGAUGGAGAAAGAGAUGAUGGAAGAAAAAAGUGCCAAACGCGACAUCGACCACUCGCACAUUCAGCGUCUCCUCUCCCAGCUGCAUCUUUUUCAUCCGUCGACCCCCUUAGAGAAUCCCGCCGACCGCGGCGCUCCGCACGAUCCGCGUACCCCGGCGGAGGCCGCCGCUUCCUCCUUCCGAGAGCUUGAGUUGGGCGUCCCGUCGGCACGUGCGGAUGAGGACGGGACCAUCCCUGAAGCUUUGCUCUUCUCACACGAGUAUCAGAAAGAUCUGCUGCAGCUGCUGGAGGAGCCUGAGAAACCCAGAAGUGCCCCGCCGUUGGUUCACACACCCCUGGUGACCCCCGAACAUCAGGCAGGCCUCCGAAGGCAGAGCAGUGACGCAGAUGAGAUGAUCUCCAUAUCUCACAGCGAGGACGCCUGGCACAGACACCUGCAGGAUGAGCUGCUGCUCUCAGGAGUCUCAGAGGAGGAUCGGUGGACGGCGUCCGAGGGCCUGAGCGCGGAUCAGUGCGUCUCCCCAAACGCUGAUCUGGACGCUGAGACACAGCCGGCUUAUAAGAACGUGCCUGGACCAUGUGAUCCUGAAGACCUCCUGGAUGGGGUGAUCUUUGGAGCUAAAUAUCUUGGAUCUACACAGUUACAGUCUGAGAAAAAUCCCUCCACCAACGCGCGGAUGGCCCAGGCACAGGAGGCUGUGGAUCGCAUCAAGGCACCUGAAGGAGAGUCUCAGCCUAUGACGGAGGUCGAUCUGUUCAUUUCUACACAGAGAAUCAAAGUACUGAGCGCUGACACGCAGGAGGCCAUGAUGGACCACGCUCUGCAGAUGAUUUCGUACAUCGCCGACAUUGGGAACAUUGUGGUUUUGAUGGCCCGCAGAAAGCCGGCCGGUCGCAAAUCGGCCGACUCGACGUCCGGCUCCGCGGCACCGCCGAAGAAGUGCUGGAUGAUCUGCCACGUGUUUUCUUCAGAGGAUGCUCAGAUCAUCGCGCAGGCCAUCGGUCAGGCUUUUGGCGUUGCGUAUCAGCAGUUUCUGUACACGAACGGAAUAAAAGCCAGCGAUCUGAGGCCGGGCGAGUACAGCGAUUACCUCGGCACUCAGGAACUUUAUAACGGAGACCUGGUUCACUUUUCUCGCUCCGAAAACAUCAAGGAGGUGUGCAUAUCAAAGAAGCCGGGAGAGAUCCUGGGCGUGGCGAUCGUGGAGUCCGGCUGGGGCUCGAUCUUGCCGACAGUGGUCGUGGCCAACCUGCUGCACGGCGGCCCCGCGGAACGCUCCGGAGAGCUGAGCAUCGGCGAUCGCAUCAUGUCCGUUAACGGCACCAGUCUGGUGGGCCUGCCCAUCGCCACCUGCCAAAGCAUCAUACGAGAUUUGAAGAACCUGUCCAUAAUCAAGCUGAGCAUCGUUCGCUGUCCGCCCGUCACCAUGGCCAUCAUUAAGCGUCCCGACCCCAAGUACCAGCUGGGCUUCAGCGUGGAGGACGGCAUCAUUUGCAGUUUAAUGCGGGGCGGAAUAGCGGAGCGGGGCGGCAUUCGGGUUGGUCACCGUAUCAUUGAGAUCAACGGACAGAGCGUCGUAGCCACGCCUCACGAGAAGAUCAUCCACAUCCUGUCCAGUGCUGUAGGAGAGAUCCAUCUGAAGACUAUGCCGACAUCAACGUACCGUCUCCUGACUGGCCUGGAUCAGCCCGUGUUCCUUUAGGAGGCGGCUCCGCUCGGGUUCGCUCGGUCACAUGCAGAUGCACCACUGAACACUUGACUGACGUGUAGAAAAACACUGUUUUGAACUCUGCCUUGUAGCAGACGCAUUAAAGCGGAACAGUGCAAGUUUGUAUAGAGAUCGCUGACCUCCAUUUUAAAGCUGUUUUAGAGCUGCUUAUUUAACUGCUGGUUUGUAUGUGCACAUGUUUUUAUGCUCUUGCUGCUGAGCCAAGGUGCCUGAAGACAAGCCUCGUGUCUGAAUGACUAUGCAUUAGAAUCUACACUCAAAAUGAACCUUGAAUCGUCUUGAGCCUUCCAUUUCAGCCUCCAGCACUUCUGCAACAUCGCAGUACAGAUUUGAUGUUCAGUGUUUUAAAUGGUUUACAUGCUCUGUACAGAGACUUAGUGCCUGUAAAUGAAUGGACCUAGAGAGGUAUAUUUUAAUAACUGCUGUAUUGGAUGUUUAUUAAAGACAUAAAGACA